CCAAACAGCCAUUUUAAUAGGCGAAGAACUAUAGGUAUUGCGACGAGGAAAUGGCAUUUACAGUUCAAUUUUUGAACUAAAUUCUGUAAGAAAGUGUUGAGAAAAAUAUAUAUAUUUGGUACUACAAAUAACAAAAUAAUUCUUACAAGCGUCAGUUGAGACACAAUUGACCUGCAUCACAAUGUGAAAUAACAAUAAACAGUAUUACCAACGAUACAUAAUAUGCUGAGCAUUAUCUUAAUUACAUAAUAAUGCAUUAUCUUACUAGAAUAACUUAAUGAAAGCUUUGGUGCGACUUGACGAUUGUAAUGUAUUACGGCCUUUUAUUGGGAACAAGACGAACUAAAAAAGUGAAAUAUUAUCGGUAUUUCGUUAAGAAAUGAUGGGAAAAUUUCAAUGAUUCGUAAAUACUUGCGCGCAAAUCUAAAAUGGAUGAAAAAAUUACAAAAACAGAAGCUAGGUCAUUGAACACUUAUAUGUAAGUUUCUAUGACUAACUCAAUCCUUUCCCAGCAUCAGAGUAGGAAAGAAUGUUGCUUGUAAAUUGUAGUUUGAUUCUACUGGUGGCAGUUCUGGUACAAGGACAGAUCCAGUUUCCUGACUAUGGAGGCCAGGGCAACAGACAACGGCAGUGCGACGGGAUCCCCUACAUGAAGAUAACUCCACACCAGAGGACAAGCCCGUUCGUGCAGUACGAACAGUUCGCAACGAACGUUUCCCAACUGGACGAGAUCUCAACUUGCUUCUGGAUGAUGGUUGACGAUCCUCUUAGGCCAGCUACCAUGCUCAACUAUGCCAUGGACGAAAGGGUCAACAACGACAACAUUACGUUGCAGUAUCGCGGGUCAGAGUCGCUUUGGACCCUGGUCAUUAACGGUCAAAAUGUGUACAGAAGUAAAGCUCGUCGUCUCCAGGCUCGUAAGUGGACACAUUUUUGCCACUCAUGGAGCGGAAAAACGGGCGAGUGGUCGGUGUGGCAAAAUGGCAAUCUCAUCGAGUCUGACGUCAAUCAACAAAGCCGCGGUUGGAAGAUCCCGGCAGGCGGGGUGCUGGUAACAUGCCAGCACCAGAAUACCAUCCAGAACAACGGCGGCAGGGACAACGGUGAGGGCUUAGAGGGCAGCCUCACCCUCAUGAGCGUCUCGGACAAACAUCUCUCCACUGACUCAAUAUCAAGACGGUACGUGGACCAUGUUUCAAAGGAUUGCUCGCCGCGCGCUCGUGGAGAGAUCGCCGACUGGCUGAACACUCCCAGGCUGCGCUUUGGGGGAGUGCGGUCUUCUCGCGCGCAGGCUGUCUGUGGCAACUUUUAAGUCGACCGCAACACAAACUAUUUAA